AUGCCCGUGCCUCAGCUACCAGCUCCUAACAGCAACAGCUCACAGCAGUCCACUAACUCAGUGGUUCUCAAUCUCUGUCUGUCGCAGCGUGAUUUGUCCGGUCUUGUGGGAGAGACAAUCUUUCUCCCUUGCGAUGUGGAUACAGAGAAGUGUGGAGACCUACACAGCAUCAAGUGGUAUCGUGGAUCUUCUCGGAUCUUUGUCUUCAGCGAGAUGGCCGGCAUAGCUCGAUCUGAGGGAGAUUAUACGGAAAGGGCAAGCCUGCAUUACAAACAGAACGACACGGAAUCCAGGCUGGAGGUGAAGCACUUGCAGGUGGCUGAUGAAGCUGUGUACAAAUGCGAAAUCACAUAUAUCGAAGUGCGGGAGGGCUGCUCCGUCGUCCAGUUCAUCAACCUCACGGCACUGAUAAAGCCGGAAUAUGUGAGGAUCACGAAGGAUGACGGCAGUGAACUUCGAAAUGCUUCUACAAUUGGACCUUUCAUAGAAGGCGAAGAGCUUACGCUAACGUGUGAAUCAGGCGGCGGAAAGCCAAUUCCUAAUGUCGUCUGGUGGAAUGGAACAAAUAAGAUGCCCGGCGAAUAUAGCACUGAGAACGGAGCAAAUAGUGUGGGCACAGGAAGGAACAGAGUUCAUCUGAAGCUUGGAAGGGGAGACCUGGGAGCAAAAUAUGAAUGUCGAGCCAUGAACGAUGCUCUUGAAAGUCCUAUGAUGGCCUGGAUAAAUGUGGAUGUCCAUGUUCGUCCACUGAGCCUGGACCUGUCUGGUGUGGUUCAUCACGUGGUACAGGGAACGAAGGUGACUUUGGAGUGUGCGAUCCUGGGAGCGAGACCAGCCGCAAAUGUGACAUGGUACAACGGCUCCGAGCCAAUCCGCGAAGAAGCCCUUCGUACAGAAGUAGCCCCACAGACUCCAGAGACCAGAGUUGUGGAAGCUGAGGAUGGAACGUACGAAACGCGCAGCCUCCUCAUCUUCACGGCGACCCGGUACGAGAACGGAGAGGUUCUCACGUGCAAGGGAACCAACCCAGUCAUGCAGCAGAAGGAAGAGAAACCCAUGAAAGAUACGCUUACUCUCGAGGUUCUGUAUCCUCCCAUUGUGUCUGUGAGCCCAGAGAACGUGACUGUCAACGAGACCACCGACAUCUUCUUAUUCUGCUCCUACGAGGCGAACCCAAACACCCUUGAAAGCGUCAGCUGGCUUCGAGAUGGUGAGAGGCUGACAUUGACUCCAGAUCAUUAUGAAGGAGGAACGAUCGACCAGCCAACAUUAAUGAUAAAGAAUUCAACCCGACAUGACCAAGGAGUGUAUACUUGUGAACUGAGGAACAAAGUGGGAAGUCAGGAAUCUAACAGUGCGGUCUAUGUUGCCAUCUACUUCAAACCAAUUGUGCAGCUGACAAUGGAACCACCAACACCCGUGAGCGAGUUGGACAGACUGAACAUAACACUGAUGUGCAAGGUGGAGUCUGGGAAUCCUGAUAUCUUGCAGGCUGUGCGCUGGUACUUGGAUGGGGAAUUGCUGAAAGAGUUACCUGACUGUGGUGGAAAUGCCACUGACUACAUGUUCUGUGAUAUUGAUCCCAGCAAGCUGCUCCUUGAAGAUGUAGGUCGCAGUUUCCAUGGCAAUUAUUCAUGUGAGGGCAUGAAUGAAGCUGGAUGGGGGCCACUUUCACCAGAUGAGGAACUUAUGGUGUAUUAUCCACCUGGGGCAGCGUCACUUGUAUAUGAACCAAUGAGAGUGAUUAAGAAGAGUUCGGUGACAUUGAGGUGCAGUGUGGAUGAUGCAGGUCGGCCGGAGACUACCACAUAUCGUUGGUUGCGUGGAACACAUCUCAUUCAAGAUGUUACAACAGCCAACUGGACCAUUGAUCCAGUCACACUGGAAACAGAAUCUAACUUCACCUGCUUGGCUUAUAAUAAAGGUGGAGAGGGAGAUCCUGCUACAGUGUAUAUUGAGGUGUCAGCUCCUCCUACAUUUAUUGAGCGACUGCCUCUAUAUCAUGGAGCCCUAGUCAAUGCAUCAAAUAUAAAUAUAUCAUGUCGAGUGGAAUGCUCGCCUCUCUGUUCCAUGCAGUGGCUCAAAGAUGGAAAGUUACUAAACUUAAAUAGUUCAUCCUCUUUAUACUCAGUGAGCAACACUGUCAUUCCUCCAGACACACGCACCAGUGACUUUGAAUCCAUCAGGUCAAUGCUGAUGUGGAACAUGUCUGCAUGGCCAGGUGGACAGUUAGAUCGCAUCCAUGACAGCGCCAAUUACACGUGCCAGAGCACUCACAAUGAAGUUGGACCUGGAGUAAGAAGCAGUACAGCAUUUAGAGUUGAAUAUCCCCCAGAAAACAUCACAGUUUCAAACAAGAUAGUGAACGUUACUGAAGGGCAUAUUCCAGAAAAAGUCAUCUGCAGUGCUACAGCAUACCCUGAAGCCACAUACCAAUGGAAGCACGAAUCAGGCACCUUCAUCACAAAAGGAAAUAAUGCACUGAUCAUAUCUUCACCUGUGUCACGUACUGAAGGAGGCAAUUACACUUGUGAGGCCAUCAACCGCCAUGGAAAAAUUGCACAAAAAACUUUCAUCAAUGUUCUUUAUAAGCCAGAAUGCGGAAUUACGCAGGGAGAAGUGGAUGGCAAGCUUGCUUUAAUCUGUGCAGCACAUGCAAAUCCCAGAGAGGUUGACUUCACUUGGCGAAUAAAAAAUGAAAAUGAUACACUUGAGGAGAAUAUUGAGAAGAAAGGACUUCAGAGUAUAUUGAUGCUGGACAGUCAUGUUGAAAACUUCCGAACUUAUGUAUGUGUUGCCAACAAUUCAGAAGGACCAUCGGUUCCAUGUGAACGCGAUGUUACACCCUACCAGGAGAAAAGUAGUAAGUUCAGAGAUACAGUUGAGAUAAGCUGGUGGGGAAAACUGGAUAAUGAACACCUCAUCAUUAUUAUUGCAAUCGUAGUGGGAGCUAUUGUAAUGGUGCUCAUUGUCUGCAUCAUCAUUAUCAUUGUGUGCAGAAGAAAACGUGCUGAAGACAAAUACAAUAAUCCAGUGGAGAUGGAGGAGAGAGAAAACCCUGAAGGAGGCUCCAGUGUAACAUCAGCACAGGUUCAAGCAAGGCCAAUUCACAAAUGGCCUCUUCGCCCAGGCGUGCUUGUGCAUGUGAAUGGAACCCACAGCUUGAGUGUAGGCAGACCACCUCUACAGCAAUAUGAUGGAGCUAUUAACACUAGUACACCAAAAAACACUGCAACAAGACCAACCUGCUCAAUAUCAAAACUUAGCAUGGGCAGGAAAGACCGCAUUAAGACUGCUGCUAAAAAGUUGAAAAGGAGACAUGCUACUAGCAUUUCCAAUCUUCAGGCUGAUGAUAUUAAUCAACACAGUAGAGCCACCAGGAUUCGCCAGAUGUUUUCCAAUGAUGCCAAUAAAUACCACUGUGAAAAUUUGCCAGGGGUCAUUCAUAGUAAAUCAGGAGUGGUGACUUUCAAGAAAUUAGAUGGUCCACUCAACAGUGGUGUGUCAAGGAAGCGUAAAAAACCUGGGACAGACCCAAGUCCAUCAGCUACCAAAGAUAAAUCAAUGCCUGAUCUUGCUGGGUCCCCAAGUGAUGGCCUGCUACAGCCUGAUGGGGACAAGGCUUUCUAUGAGAAUUUGCCCUUCCAUGGCAUGCAGUCAGCACCAAACAAGCCUGCUCGCACCAGUUGCAAUAUGAAUUCCACAAGUAGGCCACAAAGCCAGCUCAGUCAGUAUGGAUCAUCUGGUUAUGGAUCAACACGAAGCCAUGUUGGUCCUCAUCUGAAUAACCGAUCUCAGUCUGUAAUCUUGUUGCCAAAAAAUAAGUUUAGUACUUUACAAACACACACCAGUAAACACAGCUCCACCAGUGAGCAGCACUAUCCUCAGUUCCACUCAAUGAGACUGCCAAAGAGAGACCAGAAUGACAGGUCAUGUGCACAACUGGACAGGAACUGUUAUAGAGCACAAACCUUCCAGCUAUAUACCAUGCCAAUCAAGGAGAAUUCACCAGAAUCAAAUAUACAACAAGUAAUGCCUGGCAACAGAAAUGAAGUUAAUGAAAAUAGUAAGGAGAACCAGAGGCUAGAUCCAGUAGUCCUUCCAGUGCCAGCUCCCAGAAGACAUAUUGGCAAUAAGUCCGUUAAACACACAUAUCAAAAUGUCCCUAUUCCAAUCACGCCCAACACUCAGGAGCAUAGUUCUCAGCAGCCAUUCCGGCCGGAGUUCUCUGACCUGGACUACGCUGAUGUGGAUUAUCGCUCAUAUGGACCUAUAAACUACAAGAUGGCCUCCAUACAGGCAAUAGAGCAGGAGAAGAAGAAGAAUCUUAAGAAUGAAAACCAACAGCAGCCAUUGCACUCUUCUAACAACCACCUACCAGAUCUGCUCUAAGCUUGCAUUUAUUUAUUUUCCUUGCUAUAAUAGAUAUUAAAAUGGAAAUAGUAAAUGAUUACAAGCUUCAAUGAUCUUCCAUCCAAACAACUCCAAGGCAGAAAUGGCAUGGGGAGAUGCUAUGAAACUACUGUCAAGAUUCUUCUGUUUGUAUGUACGUACAUAAUGCCAAAACAGGAAUUAACUUGAUACCACUAACCUGUGAUUAACCAAAGAAAGUGCUAGUGUGAUCCUUUCCUUGCUUUAAGCUAUUCCUAUUCCCAUUUUUAUCAGUUAUACUAACAGCUGCUGAGACUACUGGUGGUGCUCCAAGUCAAGUGACUGCUGCAACUACUGACUCAUGUGUCAUGAGAAUAAUAACCAAAUAAACAAUUUGAUAUACUGACUUGGGUAUAUAAACACUAAACAAUGAUGUGCAUAUGUAAAAAGAACUAUACCCAAAUCAUUUAGGUUGCGUUUUAAUAAAGAAAUUAGUUUUUUUAAUAAUAUGUAUAAACAACCUACUAUAUAUAAGGGGAACCAGGAAAUGUUCCUGUUAUCAGAGAUGUGUUAGUGUGUGUUAGAGUAUGUGUUAUGUGUGUAUGCAGACAAGCCAAGUAAAAGUGUGUCUGAUGUUUAGUGCACGGCUUCCACCAAUGUUGCAGCACAAAUGUCAGUUUCAGUUGGAAGUCGGCCAAUAUGAUAAGGCCCCACUGAGUGUAUAUUUUCAGAAUGUGAUAACCAACACUGGAUAGUCCAGCUUUUGUAAGUAAUCAAAAAGAUGAAUAUAUGAGAAUUUUUAAUGUCCAGCAUGAAAAGUGUCUGGGCAUGGUACCAGGUUUCAUAACAUGCAGACGUGAUCACCUGCCAGAUUGUAGUAUUUCUUAUUGUGAACCUUCCCUUAAAACAAGUUUGCAUAUACCAACAUAAUUUUUUAAUCUUGUAUUUCAAAAUGUUUUGAAUCUUGCUUUUUAUGUCAGAAGGUAACCUCACCAUGUCUGAAUUAAGAACCAUGGUUCAUGUCUGUAUAUCUCCCACAUCACAUGUUGUGUUGGAUUUGUUAGACAUUGUUGAUGUUCUUUCCAAUAUAUUGAUACAUUAAAUGCACAUUUUUAUUGCGUAUGUUUUAUUAUCAUUGACAUAUGAAGAUUACUGUCAUCUUGGACUUGACACUGUGUAAUUUGAUAAUACAGGUACCAACAUUUCAGGGGAUCCUGAUGUCCCCAUCUUUAAGGCUCUUCUGAACUGGAGUAUGAGGCAACAGGUUCCUUUGAAAUUGCUGUGCUUAUCAACCAAACUAAAUCACUCCACAUCUCAGAAGGCAGUAAUCUUCAUAGUCACCACCAUGAAAACUUCCAAUCUUAUAUGGUGGUAUAUUAAAUUCCCAUUAGCUUCAGAAGGUCUAAAUUGCAGACUUUUUAUAAAAAUUAUUGUAGUUUGACAUCAUCAUUACUGAAUUGCUCUAAUUCAGUCUUAAAAUUCGCUUUGUCAUUUUAACAUUACAAAGGAAGUUUGUCAGUAUUUUGUCUGUACUUAGAAAAUGUUUCUAUUUGAAACACUCUUUGGAAUUAACUAUUGAAGUAAGGCAACAGCUCUUCUCUGGUGUCAUGGUAACUUCCGGUAUUUUAGAUAUACCCUAAUGUGUUACCUCCAACAUCAUUUUGUUGUUAGAACUCUGUCUGAAGUAUGUUCCGUCCAGUUAGGCCAUAGUUGGCAUUAAGAGACACUAACUUAUAAAAAGGGUAUUUUUGUUAACUCUCUUUACCGGCAUUAGGAUUGGAAUUCUGACUGGUGGGUAAUCUGUCAUGUACAGCUCCUGUGCAGACCUCGGUAGAGUUGACAGUUCAUACUACAGUUAUUUCCAUCAUAACAUUUCUGUUCACAUUGCCUAAAUUUUGUGGUGCAACCAAAGAUGUGGCCGCUAUCUACAAGAUAUUAUUGCUCAAUCACAGCUGGUGAAGAUAUGUAUAUGGUUUAACUGCAAUAAUAUCCAAAGUCCAAAGACCGAAAUGAGUUGAAGUGCGUGUAUUAUAAAAGGUUGUGUGUAAAUGUGAAAAUUUGAAGAAAAUUAAUUAUAUUUUAUGCAUUAGUUACUAUUUAUUGUCUCUAAAUUUAUUACAUUGCAUUCUUUGUAUCUAAGGAGUAAGGGAUGAUAUCUGCAAUUUGAGCCCUGUAUUGGAGCUACAUGUUGUAAAAAGAAACUGACUGCAUCACUGCCAACUGCCAUCUUCUCCACUGCUUUGG